UAUAUGUCAAUGGCAUAUCAUUUUGUUACCUUCUUUUUUCAUGUUGUUUUGAAGUUUGAGUCAUACCAUUUACCUAGUUAUUUAUACCGAAUUCGGUGAAUUCGUUUAAUAGGUCUUACGUGAAAACAGUUUUAAAGACUUUUUAAGUGCAGAUUUCAUAAAACCAUCAGGUGUAAAUACAAAAGACUAAGUAUUCUAAAAAUUGUGCGAUAACAACAAACACUGAACUCCGGAAACAUCUUGGGGAAUUCCUGGGAGUUGCCCAUAACAUAUAAAUCAUAUAAUAGAUACAGACUUAUUAGCUUAGUUAACUACAAGGAGCUAGUUACAGUAGUUGAAUGACAAACGAAACUUUUAAUAACUUAAAUAAACGGUGCUGUCAUCGAAAACAAGAUGUCAGAAUACUAUCGAGAUGCACCUAACAUAUUAGAUUACCUGAAUGAGGACUGCUGGAGAGCAGUGCUGGACUACAUACCUGUUAGUGACAUCAUCAAGUCGGAGCGGGUGUGCAAACAGUGGCAGCGGGUGGUGCUGGUGUAUUUGAGAGGAGUCCGCAUAGGCAUAGAGCAUCCAUACCCAAGUCUGGGCAGCAACGAACUCCACCGCAGCGCCUCCUGGCUGUUGGUCAAGGACAUCAAACCGGGCUCAUCCUUCGAGAAUUGGACGAACAAGCUGGGCUCAUCGGUGGCAUCUACCUUCUGCGAUACUGAGAAGUGUUUGAGGAUUAUUGGAGAAAACUGUCCUAAUUUGGAGGCUGUAAAGUUUAUGAAGCUAUCAGACAAACUAUUAAGCAGCAGCCGAUAUGAAAACUUCAGGUGGUUGCAACGCGUCUGUUUCAUAAAUUGCCCUUAUGUGACCGACCGUUGCGUCAGCUCAUACGCCACCAGCUACGCCCUAGAAGAAUUAGAAAUACACCACAACCGCCUAGUAGAGGGACAAUGCUUCAGCAAAAUCAAACCAGAACUCAAAUCACUAGUUAUAAACCAAUGUAGAGCUUUAAAAUACGGACAUUUACAGUUAGCCUUAGAUAGAUUUAGAAAUUUAACGAAAUUGGUGUUAAUUUUGUAUGCAAAUGAUUUUGAUUUAUCCUUUGUAGCUGCUGCUGUGAGCGGUAUGCACAAAUUAGAACACUUGGAACUUUACCAUCCCAGGAAAUUCUUUUUAAAUUGUUUUGAUACGAUAUUUCUUCAGGCUGUGUGUGGGUUGAAAAGUUUGAGGCAUCUAGGGGGGGAGGUCGUCUAUACUGAUCAGCAGCUGGAAAGAGUCUGUAGGUGUUGUAAGGAGCUACGGUCUUUGGAUUUGGAGUAUUGUCAUAGUGUGACGUCACGAGGCGUGGCGGCCGUGUGUCGCAGCAGCCGAUGGACGGCGCUCGGGUUCCACGAAUGUCGGCUUUCCGAGGACGACAUCGUAGCAUGCGUGAAUGCUUGCCCUGAUCUUACAUGGCUAGACGUCCGCCGGAGCCGCAUGUCCCGCGCCCUGCUCGCGCGCGUGGCGGCCGCGCGGCGCCGGCUGCGCGCGCCGCGCCCGCUGCACUUCGGCAUCGAUAACAUUCUUAUAGACGCCAGCAAGAAUGGCGAUAUGGAUAAAUACGAACAGCUGAUUCUACAUUUCUGACUGUCGUCGGCUCAACAAUGCCUUUCACCUAAAAUCAAAUUACUGUGUGAAUUAAAUGCCCAGAAAUAUGUUAUAAA